AUGACGGUGACUCUGGAUGAUGUGCAUUCCCUAUCUCACCUUUCGAUUGCUGGUAUGUUUUUUACACCAGUUCAUAGGGACCAGGCGACGGCGAUGCACAUGGUGAUGGAUGCUUUAGAGGUUGAUAAGCUGGUUGUGCUUAAGGAGUUUGGUGACACUCAGGGCUUUCACCUCAGGAUGUCUUGGUCGAGGAAGGUUUAUCAGGAGAUUCUCGAUCUAGGGAGGUACCAGGCUGCCACUAGGGUGCACAUGUUACAUAUAGUGGCAUGUACUCUCUUUGCGGACAAGUCUGAAGUUUAUAUAAAUGUCUUAUAUCUUUCUCUACUCAGCGACCUUGAGACCCCAUAUUGGACUAAGGGAGUGGCGGCAUUGACGAUGUUGUACACAACAUUUGAUGCCGCUUCUCGUCCCGACACUAGACAGUUUGUUGGUUAUCUGAGCUUGUUACAGGUGGAAGGCCAAACCCAUCUAAGAGGGGUGAUUGAGUACAGGCGGAGGCUGGAUGCUCUGACGCUAGAUGAUGUCAUCUGGACACCGUAUACAGGUCACCGCGAGGAUCUUCCUUUUGAUGUAUCUUCUUUAUAUUCAGGGUAUGUCAGAUGGGAGAGCCAUGUGGCUAAACACUUGCCUGAGAGGUAUCUACGCCAGUAUGGUUAUAUACAGGGAAUGCCACGCCCGGUCCCAAAGACUCUAGCUGGUGGCAUUGAUCGCUGA